AACUUUUAACACUUUGAGCGGUGCUCAUCAGAAUAUGGACCUUUUACAGGGUGCGGUUUUCGACAACGUAAUGCCCCAAACGCGCGCCAUUUGUCUGUUUCCGGUUUUCACCAAACCAAAAUUCAUUCGAGAGGGAGACGGGCACGGAUGUUUCAUUGACUGGAAUGUCAAAUCCAAUUUGAGAGAGAGAGGGAACAUAAUUUUGGGCAUUAUAGCAAUAGGAGGGGGUGCAAGAUAGAGAAAGCAUGGCCAGAAGGGCAUGGGCAGAUCACAUGCCACUGAGCAUGGCACAUGGACAUAUUGGUCGCCUGGUAAACAUUUGGGCCUUGGUGAUGGAGUUUGAGAUUCCCAAAAUGAGUCAAGGAACUGAUUUCGUGUGUGUACUGAAGAUCAUGGAUAUGUCGAAUAAAGAGCUAUCUGCAAAUGUUUUCAACCCAGUCAGGGAUUGCUUGCCGCACGUAAAGUCCAAUGGAGAUAUAAUUCAUCUACGCGAUGUUCCGAUUGAAUUCCGCAACGGUGCUGUAUAUGCUUGUUUCAGGAAAAAGUUUUCUUCUUUUUCUUUAUUUGAAGGGAGGUCUCAUAAUUUUACCCCAUAUCAGUCAUAUUCAGGAUCUGAUGCUGCUGUUAGUGAGAUAGAACUUACAAAUAAAGAGGAGGAUUUGAUAACCAAUCUGAGAAAUUGGUUUGGUGAUUUUGAGUUUGAGAUAGGUAAUGAUAAAUAUGUGCUUCCUUUAAAAAAGAUUGGGGAUGUGAAAAAGAAUGAGGAUGUCGAUUUGGUAUGCAAGAUUCUUCAUUCACAUCGAGUCUCUGAAGAAAGUACCGAUGUUUUUGUGUGGGAUGGAACUGAUGCUCCCCCAAUUUCGGAGUUAAUUCAAGAUGGUGAAGCACUUCAGGAAACCUGUUUGGAACGCUGGCCUUUCUUGCCAAGGGAUGUAAUACGAGAGUUUCCUUCUAUAGGGUCGGUAAUCAAAUUAAAUAUUGGCAAGUGGUUUGCGGAGUUUGAAUCACGAUUACAGCGAUGGAAUUGGGGUCCAUGGUUUAAGUUCCGUGGUGUUAAACUCUAUCCAAGAUCGGGAUUCUGGGAAGGUUUUGUGGUGGAUAAGAGUAAAAUCUGUCCUUUAUCAGUGGAUGAUUAUCGUGUGGUUUUUUGUCAAAUUUCUUAUGAACAACGGACUUCCUCAACUUUCGGGCGGAUGCCAUCUUUUUGUUUCGCUCGACAAUCUUAUGUUGCAAGGAUAGAUGGAGAACGUAAGCAGCUCCCAACACUUAGGGAAAUCCUUACGCAUCUAGAGGACCCUGACACAUUUACAUGUAUUGUUCGAGUAGUAGGCAGACACCCACUUCAUGCUAAAGACAUCCACGCUCUGUUACCUGGAUUUUCCAAAUAUGCUUGGAAGAUGACUCUGGAGGACCCAACUGCACGAAUUGAUGCAUACUUUGAUGCAGAGAAGGAUAAAAGUUUUAAGGAACUUGCAGAAGCUGUGAGACCUUUUAUGCUCGAUAGAUUUAUGAAAAUGUUGCUUGGUACAAUUGGAAGUCCCGGUUCAGGAGAUGGGGACUCUGGUGUCCCAUGGAUGGCACACACGAUAGACUUGCUGGCUUAUCAGGAUGGAGCUAGGCAAUACAUUAUCCGCAAGAUCGAAUGGCUUAAAUGACUUUGUGCCUUCUAUCAUUUGUUUAAUCAUGUAAUUUUGUAUAGAAAUCCCACUCCCAUCGGGAAUUGCAUAUAAUAUUUUGUAAAUAUCGCUUUUUACUUUUAUGAGGCUUUGUUUGAGUGCCUCACUAAAGGGGCUUAUAGAUGCAUUUGCUGUUUGGGUAGCUGACAGCUGCAGUACAUGCUUAAUAGAUGCAUUUGUUGUUUGGCUAGCUAACGGCUACAGUAAAUGUCUAAUGGUCUAAAUUGAAUUUGGCCAAUCCAA